CAUGCAUUCCGUUCCGUAUUGUACAUAAAAAUCCAAGUUUAAGGAAAAGCGGGACAACGAACCUAUCCGGAUAUUGAAGAAGAAAAAUAAAAAAAAGAAACGGACAACACCAACAACGAACGUUAUUGUUCUUUUGGGAAUUUGCAAAAACUGAAUUGAAAAAACAAAAACUACAGCCAUGCGUGCUGCCUUAGGUUUAAAACACGUAACCAGAGCUUCCAAAAAUGUUAAACAUUAUUCCUCGUUGGCCGAGCCCAAGGAGCCAAUACUAAAAACCUCCACCAUUCCUGGACCCAAAUCCUUGGAGUUGAAGAAACAAUUGGGUGCCAUACAACAGGCAGGCACUGUCCAACUGUUUGCCGACUAUGAAAAGUCCACAGGAAACUAUUUGUGUGAUGUUGAUGGUAAUAUGCUAUUGGAUGUCUACACACAAAUCUCGUCGGUGCCAUUGGGCUAUAAUCAUCCCAGGUUGUUAAAAGUCUUCGAAAACGAUAGCAACUUAAAAGCUUUAAUUAAUCGUCCUGCCUUGGGUGUAUUCCCUGGCAAGGAAUGGCCCCAGAAACUGGAGAAUGUCCUUAAGCAGGUGGCACCCAAGGGUCUCGACAAAAUGACCACCAUGAUGUGCGGCUCAUGUUCCAAUGAGAAUGCCUACAAGAAUAUCUUCAUGUGGUACAGACAGACACAGCGCGGUGAAAAUGUCACCUUCAGUGAGGAGGAGAAAAAAAGGAUUCAUAAAAUUUACAUAAUUUCCGCUAAUUACCGGAACUAG